UUUCAGCUAUCAGUGGUCGUUACAAGCUGUUACAGUCGCUUCAAAAGAUGCUCUGCGUUACGCGCUGCUACAAGUCACUUCGCUCGGCGGGGGAUUUCCUGAUGGACACGUCACGAGUUCUCACUAGCUAAAAUUGAAACUUUCGGAGUUGGAGGCAAGUGGGAAACAUUACUGCAAGCUUGUGCAAUCGCUACACGAGGUGUGAGCUUUUCUGAACAUUCAUGUCUUCUCCCAGUGAAAGUAGGUCGCUGCUGCAUAUAGAGGUUGGCGAACCUACACAGACUGCCUACGGCACAUCCCUGGACAACAAUGACGACCCGGAAUCCAUCUCUAGGCAGAUGAUAGAGCUAAAUCUUCUACGAAAGCUAGAUUUCAGAACAGCGUAUCUUGUUCUUAUCUACAUCUUAAACCAGAUGGAUCGAAAUAACGCCGCCGCUGCAAGGCUUCGUGGUUUCGAGGAAGACCUCGGCAUGAAGGGUAAUCAGUUCAACACCUUGAUCAGCAGUCUAUACAUCGGCUAUGUGUUCAUGCAAACACCAUCAAAUUUGAUUCUCACCCGCAUAACGAAACCAUCGCUGUAUCUAUCGAGUUGCAUGUCGCUAUGGGGUCUCCUGACCACUCUUAUUGGGAUAUCCACGAACUACUACCAAGCACUUUUUUCACGCUUUCUGGUGGGAUUCUUAGAGGCCACCUUUUAUCCUGGUGCUGUCUAUCUGCUUUCAAGAUGGUAUAAGCGAGACGAGCUUGGGUAUAGGACCGCGUUCUUCACCGCAGGUAUUGGGAUUAGCAAUGCUUUUGGUUCGCUGCUAGCUUCUGGAGUUCUGGCAACCAUGGAAGGAUUUCUCGGUUUUGCGGCCUGGAGGUGGCUGUUUUUCACAGAGGGCUAUUUAACAAUUUUGGUCGGCAUCGGUGGGAUGUUCAUACUUCCUGACUUUCCUUCGAGCCCUGCGAGUUGGCUCACUCCUGCAGAGCAUGCUCUUGCUCGAAAGCGGAUGGAGGAGGAUUCAGACGGUCAUGGUACCGCUGAGCCUGCGUCAUCCGGCGGCUUUUCUGUCGUCCUUUCAUUGAUGACAGAUUGGAGAGCGUGGUUGGUUGGCACGGCAUUGAGUUGCUGUAAUGCAUCUCUGUCAUUCAAUAUGUUCUUCCCGACCUUGGCGGCCACAAUGGGGUACUCACCUACUAUCAGUCUUCUGCUGUGCACACCGCCAUGGAUCGUGAGCACAAUUACCGCUGUCACUGUCGCUCGUCACUCUGACGCGACGCGUGAACGCUUUUGGCAUAUGGUCUUUGCGUUGUUGAUGCUCAUUACUGGAUACGUUUUGGCUAUGUCCACGAUGAAUUUCACUGUUCGCUACAUCUCACUAUUUUUCAUGGCUCAAGCACAGGUCUCAAAUGUCAUCUUGCUAACGUGGAUCAGCAAUACAUUCGCCCGUUCUAGCUCUAAGCGAGCAGUUGCGAUCGGGUUCAUGAAUUGCAUUGGAACGUCAGGGAACACCUUAUCCCCGUACAUCUGGUUAUCCAGCUUGGGCCCGACAUAUACAAAGUCAUGCCUCAUUUGCAUCGUGCUGGCCAUCUUAUGUAUCUCAUUGUGCUGGGUGUUUAGGCAGCAUCUUGAGCGAUUGAAUGAAGCCGCUGAUGAGGAAGAGCGCGAACUGAAUCUUGCUAAAGGUUAUAGGUACAUAUUGUAGAGUAGUGGAUGUAAGGGUCACAUAUGCAAGUUGAUGGUUUGAUCAUUGUUUCCUGUCACUAGAAAUUAUCCGUAGUUCAUUAAUUUGAGUUUCUUGCAGACUCCCCAGUAAACUCAGCAGGUAUAUUAAGGUGAAACAGGGGUUGACACUGACGCUCUAGCUAAGUAGUCUAACCUGGACUUUGAAGGUUUGAAACGAAGGUUGACGUGAUUUUUGGCAUCUUGUCAUGCGAUAGUUCUUAUACGGGGAUAGUUCCGCAGCUUCUCGCUUGCACAAUCACGAGCCUA